GUGUGUGUCAAAAGUCCGUCUCAGAAUAAUGGGGGUUUUGUGUUUUGAUACAAAGUCACUCUUUGCAAAUAACGGUUCAACGAGCACAGUUAUUUUCAUGUAGACGAUUGACAUGUCGAGGAAAUCUUGAAGCAUGCCCCUCUUCAAGAAGAAAUCUGAGAAGAGGCAGUCACCAGCCAAAACACCUAAGCACUCCCAAGCAACUCCACAAACUGCCACCUCCAAAUCCCCACCGUAUCCAACCCAAAGAAGACCAGUAGAGACUGGUACGAGUCUACCAAAUGGAGGCGCUUUAGCACAAAUCAGAAAUGACCAGACUGGUGAACAGAGGAAAGGCAGUCUUGGAAAGGAACCUGUUCUGAAGCGAGAGUUCAGCGAUGAGGAUAGCAAAUAUGGAGACCUUGGAACAGGUACCAAACAAGCCGUCAACUCAGAGCUGGAAACUAAAUCUCGCCUUUGUCGCACCCUGCCAGAGGUACUCCACGACAAUGGCGCCCUCCCCUACUUUAUCCAGUUCAUGCAGGCCCAGAACGUGGCCCACCUUGUCCAAUUCUGGCUCGCGACCGAAAGCUUCACAACGGCAUCCUGGUCGCGGCUUCGCAGCGAGUCCAUAACGAAGGCUCGGGGUACCCUAUCGGAGCAGACUCCCCCUGGGAAACCUGCCAGUGAACCCCUCCCGCCGGCUCUUGAAAGUCAUUUCUGCGUCCCGGAAAUCACUACAAACAUUCCUAAUUCCAGUCCGAAUUCAGAACUCCAGAAUACGGACCAGCUCAGACAAAACAAUAACAGUAGAACUGAGAAUAAAGAACUUGGUAUUGAAACGGGAGAGACCAGCAUUAAAACACACUCGAGGGCAAAGUCGGACUCGGUUGUUGAGAUAGCUUCGACGAAGCCUACUGUGACCUCAACGGAGCAUCCUGGCCACAAGAGAAACAACUCAUGGAAAGGGGUAGAUCCAAGGACAGCUGUUGAAAGGGAUGCCUCGAAUAUCUUCACCCGGUAUCUAUGCAAGAAUGCUAUGUUGCCCGUUGGAAUCACAGAUGAAAUCAGAAUAGAAGUCAUUGCAAAAAUGUGUCCGCAAGAGGGAUGGCUAAACCCUGACUGUUUCAAAGUGGCACAAAAUUACGUCUUUGAAUCCAUGGAAACACAUUUUUUCCAGCGGUUUCUCAGGAGUGAGUUCCACUGUAAAUAUCAGAUUGAUGUCUUAACGACUGGUAAGGCGUACCUCGCUGAUAUACUGUACAAUGACACAGCAACCUUCUACUUCAUGGAGUACAUGGAACAGGAGGGUGCAGUGCAUCUAUUACAGUUCUGGAUAGCAGCGGAGAACUUUCAGAAACAUCUCCUAUCUCAGCAGGGGCAGUAUGAUAGUGCAGAAGCACAGAGUGAUGCCAUGGUGCUAUAUGAUCAAUAUUUUUCACUGCAAGCCACAUGCCCGAUAGGCUUUGCGGACUCCAUACGGCUGGAGGUGGAGACUAACAUUUGCAGGGAGGACGGUCCCUUACCAGACUGCUUUGCAACGUCUAUGCGGAAAGCAUACACCACUUUGGAAACAGUUUACUUUCCCGGGUUCAUUCAGAGCGAGCUGUACUACCGCUUCCUGACCGAACUCAUCAACACAAUCAAGAGCGAGCACGCCUCAAUAAACUCUGACCUGUCAGUGGCAGGUGGCGCAGUGGCAGGCAUCGGGGCGGAUGACAAGCCCAAAUCCCGCAAUACUCUCCUCGCGGAGGGCAACGUCAAGAAGUUGUUUGAAGAGAGUGAGAUGAACAUUGAGAGCCUGGAUUCGAACCCGGAUCUGUUGUGGCAGAGACCAGACCCUGGGAUGAUGACAUUUGGUAAGGUGAAUCAUUUAGGACAGUUUGUCCCCGAGUACGAGCCGGAUCCAGAAGCCAUGAACAAGAAAUCCUCAGGUUCAAAGUUUUCCUUCAAGAAACUAGUAAAAGGUGACCAGGAAGCGACAAAAGAGGAAAUGGCACUAAAGAUAGCACAAAUGAUCAUCAACGACGUCAACAUGCAGACAGGGACGUCAACUCCACCUCCUUCCCCGUCCAUCAGACCCAGCAGUGCCCAGAGGGGUGUGGCGUCUGCACCCCGCCUACCCCACGGCAGUCCAAGGGUGAAGUUCAAUGAGAUCAGUGAGCAGUCAUCAUCAUGACAAUACUAAUAAUUAGAAGGUGAGCACCCCCAUCAUUGGAAUGGUACUCUAAAAGGUAACUAGGACAUCACUUGAUAUGACUCGGGCCUCUAUGGGAGCAAUACUGAUGAGGUCAAGCAAGGUCGCAGCUACUAGUUACCAUUUAGAGUUUACUCAUUGAAGGUUGAGAGCAUCUCAAAUUGAAGCUUUAGUACUAACAUUCCUCAUACUCGUUUGACCUGAAGAGAAACUCAUGAGUUGUAGUUCUGUCACUGGUACUCACUAUAUCAUACUUGUUCUCUGGUAUCAGAGACUCGUUUGGCCUAGAGAGAAUCUCCAAACAAUGAGUUCUAAUUUUGACCAGAAUUCACACUUACUCUUUGUCCCAACACUGCAAUGUUGUACUUAUACGCUAACAAAACUUAGAAUUUUUAAUUAAAGUUAAAAUUGAUCAUGCUCCUACUGCCAGUUACAGGAUUCAAAAAGGUCUUUCGCCACCAGGCAUGCUUGAGGGCCUAGUGGCUUUUAUCUGCUCUAGAAUUCAGAGGUUGUAAGUCGAAUCCUACCCAAGUAAUACUGCUGGACUCUUGAUAGAAAGUACCGAGUAUACAGUGCUUACAUGUAUCACACAUUGUUUGGUAAACCAAAAUGGUUAUCUUUAUUUUUGAUGCAAGAUGCCAAUGUGAUUUACAAGACAUCUCUCAAAUGUGGGGGAUUAUGGGCUCAAAUCCCACCCAAGCAGUUUGCCUGUAAGUCUGUCUACGCAGUACUCUGAAAGCACCGAGUAUACAAUGCUAAUCACACAUUAGUGUAGAGUCAAAUUAAAAUAAUGAAACCCAUGCUGUUCUGACAAGUCAAUUUAAAAGCGAAAAUAUAUCAAAGGCCUGAUGUGAAUUGACAUUUGCAGGUAAUUGAGACAACUCCAUUCAAACAGGAAUAAUUAUUUUCAAAAUGUUGUGAAUUUUCGUGAUGGAAUGUGUCAAAAAUCUUUUAAAAACAACAAUACAAACUUAAGAAAUAUGUUUUUAAUUUUUGUAUGUAUUGUGAAUUUAAUUGUUGAAGUGAAAGAAUUUAAUAUUUGAUUUACACAGUUGGUUGUUAUAUAAUUUGUUCCGUAAGGCAUCAAGAUAUUGCCCCCUUAUUGGAAAUAAUACAAUACUUAUAUUCAGAUUUGAGUAUUCUGUUUUAGUAACUGUUUUGAAGCACAAAAGACUUUUACUAAAACGUGGCCAAAUGUUAAUUUUGUCAAGCGGUCACAAAGUUCGGUAUUCGAGUGGUUUCCAAAUUCUACAAAACUUUAAUGCAAUGUGUAACAGGCAGUUGAAGUCAAAUACAGUAUGACACCAUGCAAUUAUCUCAAACUGCUAAUUAAAACCAUGUAAACUUAGUGUUUUGCACUACAAAUGCCAACAAAUUUGACAAUAUCGUUGUGUCAGCAGAAAAACCCUGUAUCUCGAUUUUGCAAAACCGAUGUUUCUUGCAUAAAAACACCAAUGGACAAAGCCAGAGCCAUUGUCACUUGUUUCACACAUCUGGCAGUAGCUUAAUAUCUUUUGCAUGCACCCAAGCCACGCUAUUGAAAUCUUCAAAGUCUUUAAAAAAACAAAUAAGUAACACGUUCAAGACAACAUUGAAAAACUUAUCAUUCAUUCCAACUGCAAAGAAAAUCAACUAAGAAUAAAAUACUUGCCAAAUUGAUACAAAAUUACCUUAUUUUAAAAGAUUACUGUAAAUGUAAAUUUAAAAAAAUAUUAUCUAAACUUAACACACACUGCAUUAUAAUCUGUGUGGUUUAAAUUAUUGAUGAAAAUUGCUUAUAAUUGUUUGUGGAAAAAAAACAAGUUAUUUAUACAACUUAAUAAGCUGGUAACAUACCAAAGUGUAGUGAGUUUUUAAUGUUACCCAUUUUUAAUACUGAAAGCUUAUAUACAAAGUGAUUGGAAAGUUCAUGCUUUCAUUAAUGCUUUCGUUAUGUGUCACAACCAAAUGACAUGUAAUACAAUUGUCUCUGAUAGGAACUUUGGGACUAUAGUUGGCAGCAGAAUUAAGAGGUAAAAUUUAUAUUGUUUUUACUAUAGGUCUGAGCACACGUACAUAUCCAUCUCACAACCCCUCAUAUUGGUAAUAAUAAAACUGUGUCAAUACAUGGCCCAUUUGAGGACUGGGGCCGAUCCACUCUUCGGGUGCACUCAUGUCUUCAUGUAUGGUUGCCCGCAAAAGAGACAUCAAGUCAUAUAGCAACUGGUCCCCUAUCAUUUAUCUUUGAUCGUGUUACAUGUCUAACUAACUGUAUGCAAUUUACAUUGAAAAACAUGAUUACUUUUGGAGGGAAUUGCGUAAAAAAAAAAUGUAUUUUGACACGUGUGUAGCUUCCUACAAGCACCAUACCAACGCUCAAAGGUUUUUAACAAGCCUGCUUGCAAACCAGUCACUUUUCGGAGCCGAUAGUAGGGGUUAGUGACAAGAGGUUUCGAUAGGCCCAGUGCCAAAGGUAGUGAGGCUGAAUGGAUUUACCUGGUACAGUUAUAUAAGCCUGCUGCCAACUGGCAUCCCCAUAGUUCUACAAGUUGUAUGAUUGCUUAUAAAUCAUUUUUGUAAAGCAGCCCUCAAAAUGCAAAUUUAAAUCCAAUGUUUACAGUGCAUUAUGUCGUUAUUAUUUGUAUAAUGGGGAAACUUGACCAAGUUGGUCCCAACUUCAUAAAGCUGUUAAGCAGGAAACGAUGCUUAGCAAAUUUGCUUCUGCUAAAUGGGUGGACCCAGAGACAUUUUCAUGGGGUGGGGAAAAUAAGGAUGGUGUAUACUUAUGUACUUGACUUACUUACUUUGGGGCAGAGGCACACCCUUUCUCCUUGGAUCCACCAUUGCUUUUCGAGUCUCAAAAUGAGUCUAUAGUUGAAAUGGCACGACUCAUGAAAACUUCAGCAGGCCUGGUACUUUAUGGAGGCAGUCUGUGUUGAAGUAGUGCCCCUUAAAAUGUUCAAAUACAAAUUGACAUUGCCCUUUUGUAAGGAAAAAUGUAUUGCAUAUAAUUAUGAGGUCACAUGAUAUGCCCUUCCUUUAUUGAUGUACCAAGUUGUGAACCAUGCUUCCCUUGAUAAAUGAAUAUGAAAUCCAUUCUUUGUACAUGUAUGUUAUAGCUUUGGAAACGUCCCUUAAUAUAAGUACAUGUAAAUGUGUGGCCCAACAUGUGAAAGUGUCGUAUGCAAUGUACUUCCACAGUGUAAACCUCCGAGUACAUUGAUGUUAUGUAUGGUGAUCAACCCAAAAUGAACAGGUUUUGUACAUGUACAGCAUAGAUAGAUAAAGAUAAACAAUAGGCCUAUGAUAUUAAAAUGGUCUACCCAAAAUAAAAUUAAAAUGAAUACAAAUCA